UUUCUUUCUGUUGCUGAGGGGGAGAAGUAGUAGUAGUUGUUGAUGUGAGUUGAUGUUGGUUAGAAAUAAGAGAUUGCUAUCCUGUUAAUUAAUUUUCCUUUUUGAAUACUUAGUUCAGACGCUCACAGGUGAGGCAGAAGAGGACGAUCCAGGGAAACUAGAAGGCUUUUCCAACUUGUCUUUGUUUUUCUUCCCCUCUUCUGGACUGGCAGUUUAACUUCUCUGUUGAUUACAAGAGACAGAGAGAAGAAUCGCACCAUGGAGGUCAAACUGUUAUGCUGUGACAUCAUGCUCAUGAUCUUAGCUGUUGCAGGAAGCAAUGCGCAGUCAGCUGGUGAGGGGAUCACCUCACCAGGGUCGUGUGAGAGGAUUGUAGGAGGGGCGAAUGCUUCUCCCGGGUCGUGGCCCUGGCAGGUCAGUCUGCAGACCAACGGAGAUCAUUUCUGUGGAGGCUCCCUGAUCAACAAACAGUGGGUCCUGACUGCUGCUCACUGUGUCUCCAGCGCCCCACUUGGUCUCACCGUUCACCUCGGUGGUGACACCCUAGACUUGCCGAAUACAAAUGCGAUGUCCCGGACUGUGUCCCAGAUCAUCAAGCAUCCCAACUAUAAUAAAAUCCCGAACGAUAACGACAUAGCCUUGCUGAAGCUGUCCUCACCUGUUAACUUCACCGACUACAUCAGACCCGUGUGUCUGGCGGCGGCCGGCAGCGUCUUUAACGCCGGGACAACCUGCUGGGUCACCGGAUGGGGAGACAUACAGUAUGGAGUUUCCCUUCCUUACCCCCAGAAUCUGCAGGAGGUGAGUGUACCCAUCGUGUCCAACGAUGAAUGUUACACUGCCUACGGCGGAAAAAUCACAAGCAACAUGAUCUGUGCCGGAGUGGCCCAGGGAGGAAAGGACUCCUGCCAGGGGGAUUCAGGAGGACCGUUGGUGACUAAAACCAGCUCGACCUGGGUCCAGGCUGGAGUAGUGAGUUUUGGAGAACUCUGCGCUCAACCUAAUUUCCCAGGAGUCUACGCCCGAGUGUCCCAGUAUCACUCCUGGAUCAACAGCCAUAUCACUACCGACCAGCCGCGCUUCGUCUUCUCUGGAACCGUUCACCUGGUUUCCCUCUCGCUUCCUCUGCUGCUGUCCAUCGAGCCGGUUCUCUUCUCCCUCUUUCUCCUUUCAUAGAAAAUUUAAUGCACCAGGAUGGUGUCCAAAUCUCUGUCUCAUAUUUUUUUGCCUUUUGAGAUUAUUUUAUUUUACGACAAGCAACAAAAUCUGCUCCUGGAGUCAAAUAUUUCCACCUGUUUCCAGCUCGGCUUCUUGUGCUGAAGGAGUUUUUACAGAAAAGAGUCGAUAGAGGAGAAGAGAAACUGGUGUAAUGACACCUGAUUUAAAAAACAAGGGCUACAACAAGCAAAUGUUUUCAUUACCGAUUAAUCUGCUGAUUAUUUUCUCCAGUGAUUGAUUCAUCAUUCUGUCUCUUUCCCUGUUCUGUCUACAACUUACUGGAUGUUUUGCACAAAAGAAUAUAGAAGUUUAUAUAAUGUUAAAGCUUGGUUUUGUAUUUUCUCAAUAAUUGAUUUAUUUUUUCAGUCAUUUUAUAACUUCACACAACCUGAUGUACUCAAAAAACAUUUGGACCAGGAGCGUAAAACCCAAAGAUGUUCAGUUCGUCAUUUAAAUCCUUACAUCUUAGAAGCUGGAUCUAUCGAUAACUAUGUUCAGUUAUCGAUUAAUUUUCUAUUGAUAAACUAAUCGAUGUCCAGUCGUUCAUGUUCUAAUAAUUGUGCUGGAAACAUGUGAAAUAAUUUGAGCUCAGCUGCAGAAUUUUCACUUCAGUGAAACUUUAAACUUUUUUGAUUUUAUGGAGCCUGGAGUCAAUCAGAGCUUUUCAGUGUUUAAUUAUAAUCAGUUAAUAAACUCACCCAUAAGCUUUUAAUCAAACUCAAUACUGACUUUAAAUCAUGCUAUAAACUCAAAGAUCCAAUAAAAGAUCAUUAGAUUGACCAGUUAA